AUGGAAGAAGCAUUCACAUCAGUUCGACCUCCUCUCAGGACUGUGUGGGAGCGCCUUCACUCCUAUGAGCGCGUUAUAAGAAGCGGCGUGCAGAUCGGCACCGUCAAGGUCCCCACUGUUGAAUGGACCCUGGAAUCAGCACAAGAUGUUCUGACAUCGCUUACUGUUCCACCUGCUCUCCUCUAUGAAAUGGAGCUUUCUCUGCAGGGGUCUUCAAACAUAUCUAAACUGGUCCUCAAUACAAGCAUGCCACUAAAUGCAACUGGGAAUUACACCAGUGACCAAUUCACUGAAGUCGACCUCUCUGAAAUCCUGGGUCCAAAACGAUCUCCCUUCUUCCUCCCAGUGACCAGCGUUUACCUUCUCAUCUUUCUCAUUGGCUUAUCUGGAAACCUGCUCACAUGUGCAGUGAUAGCGAAGCACAAGAAGAUGCGUAACCCCACCAACCUUUACCUGGUAAGCCUGGCUGCAUCAGACCUCCUUGUGCUUUUGUUUGGGAUGCCAUUGGAGAUUUACGACCUGUGGCAGAACUACCCGUUUCCCUUCGGUGAGGGAGGCUGCUACUUCAAGAUCUUCCUCUUUGAGACAGUCUGCUUCGCCUCCAUCCUCAAUGUUACAGCUCUGAGCGUGGAGAGGUACAUAGCUGUGGUGCACCCUCUCAAAACACGAUACCUGUCAACUAACCAGCAUGCCAAAAAGGUCAUCACCGUCGUGUGGGUGGUGUCGAUGAUUUGUGCCAUCCCCAACACCUCACUGCAUGGCAUCUUCUACCUGCCUGAGAGAAUGGAGGAGUCAGCCAUAUGCACUGUGCUGCAGCCCAUGUGGAUCUAUAACAUGCUCAUGCAGGUCACCACUGUGUGCUUCUAUUUUGUACCCAUGAUGGUGAUAAGUGUGCUCUACCUGGUAAUGGGCCUUCAUUUGGGUAGAGAAAGGCAGCAGAGCAGCAGGAACCUGGGGAAGAACUGCAGCAGCAACACUCGAAGGACGAUCAGCAAGGAGAACAGGCGCAGGAGACAGGUCAUCAAGAUGCUCUCGAUUGUGGUGGCUGCGUUUGGAUUCUGCUGGGCACCCUUCCACACUGAGCGGCUCCUGUGGAGUUCCAUCAGCCAGUGGACCGAUUUGAUGCACAGCAUUUAUGAGUACGUCCACAUCCUGUCAGGCGUCUUCUUCUACCUCAGCUCUGCAGUCAAUCCCAUCAUCUACAGCCUGCUCUCCACUCGGUUCAGGGAGUGUUUCCGAGGAAUCAUGUGCUCCCAGGUGGAGGACCACAGCUCCGUCAGAGACUCACCACCCUUCCCCAACAUUUCACUGGAUCCCUCUGUCUCAAGUUGCAGAGCUCAGGCCGAGGGUAAGGAUUCUAGUGCUUUUAUCCCUUUGUUGUCUCCUACCGUGACACUGAGCGUGGACACUGCGAUCCUCACAUGUGCUUGUACAGAAACGACCUGCAAGACCUCUGUGUUCUGAGAUUUGACUUGAAUGUUCAUACAAGCAGCUGAUGCAGAACCACCAAUAUGUUUAUUCACUUUCUUGAAGACAGUUAGAAAAUCAUUUCAGCUCUUUUGUCUGAGUGGUAAAUAUGAGGCUGCUGCCAGGAGAAGCAUAGCUUAGCUUAGCACAAACAGCAGAAAGGGGGAAACUGUUGGCUUGGCUCCGUCCAAAUGUGAUGAAAUCUGAAGUACAUUUAGAAUCAAAAACAGAAUCAGCUUUGUUGGCCAGGUAUGUUGACCACACAAGGAAUUUGAUUGUGGUACAGUGGCUCUCGGUGUGCUUUUGUAGGAAACAAGAAAAAUAAUAUUAUUGGUAGCAAAAUCAUCAUGAGGUAGCUGGGAUGGGUGACAGGUGUACAAAGUGCAGGACUGUGACACCAAAGCUGGGGCUCUCAUCCACAGUCCCAUAGCCAUGGGACUGUCAAAAGAUGAAUCUGACUUUUGAUUUAUACUGUAACUGCUCUACGCAUUAUAUGAAGCACUUAAUAAGUCAACUUCAAAAAUGCUUUUUUGGGUGGAUUUUUUUCUUUUACAUUUGGACAGAGCAGACUAGUCGUUUCCAGUCUUUGUACCAAGGUAACAAUCUGCUGGCUCCAGCUUCACAUGUAUUGUGAAGACAUGAGAGUGGUAUCAUCUCAUCCUUCCAUCCAUUAUCUGUAGCGCUUAUUCCUGAAUAAGGU